ACAGCUAUCUCACCGUAUCUUCCCCUUAAAAAACCAAUUGUGCAAGAAAAAAAGGAGAAUACGCUUUAAAUACAAACACUGGUGACGGUGUGUUUUCGGUGCACGACGGACGGCGACGAGGCGUCCCCGCGUCGUGCUGCGAGAGGAGCGGCGGCGACAGGCAGGAGCAACGGAGAGGGUGUUGUCCUGAUGCUUAAAUGGAAGUGGGUGGGCCUCUACGGUCACACACUGCCAACUUCUCUGUGGAUAUUAUUCUGACAAGCGCCACUUUGCUCGUAUAUGGACUGGCUUUACGGUAAAAGAGACAUACGGAGUGGCUGCGAGGGUGCCGGUGACGUUCACUGUGUUCUCCGUUAUCUCCGUUAUCUAGGGGCUGUUUGAUUGUGCCUGCGCUUGGCACCGCCCUUCCUGGCCGGUGGGUGGUUUCGUCAAACGGGCAGAUCCGACACGGCCCAGUGCCGAACAUAUAGCCCGUCCUCCGCCUCCGUACCCGGCCGGCCUUCUACCGUGAACUACACCCUCUCUCUCUCGGUAUAUUAAUGCGUUAUGAGUGACUCCAAGAAGGAAUCAUCUGGAACUGAAGGAGGGAAAGCAUCAAAGAAGGGGAAAAGUUCUGGAUCUCAGGAUUCCUCGCAGCCCUCUCCGUUGGCCCUGCUAGCGGCCACCUGCAGUAAGAUCGGAGGGCAGGGGGUAACGGAGGGGGCCCAGGCUCAGGCUCAGGCCCAGGCCCAGGCCCAGGCUCAGGCCCAGGCCCAGGCUCAGGCUCAGGCCCAGGCCCAGUUGGGGGCCCAGCAGUUCCAGCUCCAGGGAGGUCAGUUCCAGCUGCAGGCUGGUCAGCUCCAGGGUCAGAUAGUGUUGGACGCGUCUGGAGGUCAGACCCUGGUACCCCAGCAGCUGGAGCUGGUCCCGGCUCAAUUCACGGGGAACGGCUGGCAGAUCAUCACAGCAGCGCCCACUAUGGCCAAAGAGAACACCAAUCAGCCUGUUGCUGUGACGGUGGCCACCACCUUGGCUAAUGACAGCUCAGCGGGUGGACGCAAGGUGAAGGCAGUAGCUGGGAUCAACUGCAUCCCAAAUGCCGGCGGCGAGGUCCAAGCCAACGGGCUGCAGCACCAGAUAGAUACGGCAGGAAGCAUGCAGCAAGUGAUCGUGGGCCAGAUGGAGCACCAGUUUCUGCAGCAGAUCCAGCUGCAGCCUCAGAGUCAGGCCCAGGGGCAGCAGCAGCAGCAGCAGCACAUUGAGACCAUCCAGCUGGCCCCAGGACAAACCCUGCAGCCCAUCCAGGCCUUCCAGAACUCCGCCCAGGUCCUUAUCCGUACUCCAACCCUGUCCCACUCUGGGCAGAUGUCCUGGCAGACGCAGCAGCUGCCCGGCGGGGUCUCCCUGCAGGGUGGACUGGGGACGGCCAUGCCACAGCAGCUAACACUGGCCCCGAUAUCCGGUGGGACGGCCGUGGGGAGUGGAGGGCUGGUCUCCCUGAGUGGAGCACCGCUGAGCGCAGCCCAGAUCAACCCAGGGUCUGGUGUACAGACUGUCAGCAUCGCGGGGCUGGGCACAGCGGGGGUUCAGGAGCAGGGUGUUCCCCUCACCGUUACUGGUCUACAGG